ACAUGGUCAACAACAAACAACCAACCAUCGACCUGGAGAGAUCAGACAAACCAUCAUCUGCUCAAUCAAAAGAAUUCGAUACGUUCCAAGUUCUGAAUAUUUAUUUCUGCACAGUAGACAUUCGUACGCAUGAAACUAUUCGAUGGGUGGGAUCAUGUGGGGGCAAAGACAUGGGUCGCCAAUCCGGCCCGGUCUGCCACUGGCACUCCUGGCCUCUCGGGCUCUACUUACACUCGUGGAUCAUUCUCAAGACGUCCAUCCAUUAGCAGACUAGAUUCUGUUCGACAGCAUCAAUCGAUCGAUGAGCAAAGUCGGAAGCUGAAAGAGCUGCGAUUGGCUGAGCUCACCAGACAACUCGAGCUCACCGAACUCCAACACAAUCGCCCUCAUCCUCAGUACCAUCCACCUGUCCCUCCACCAUCAAUGUCUCGGCCAAUGACGCCUGUCAGCACGUUAUCAGUUGAAAAGGGUGGCCCUCCCCUCAGCGAUGAAGAUCUGAUUUGGGAACAAAAGCGACGAGAAGCUGAUGAGUUAAACGCGAGGAUCGAAGCACUCCGGCAAGCGGGCAUGCCCUCAUCCGAACUUCCAAGUCCAGUCUUGCUGCCCAUUCGGCCAUUAUCAAAGACCCGGACAGACAAGCCGAAUCUGAACUGCGUUCCGCCUCGUGACUACCCGGUCCCACCACUUCCAUCCUUCCCAACCGAGGCUGGACUAAGACGUCAGGCUUCCAAAAAAUCAUUACAUUCCAUCUCUUCUCAUCAUUCAAAGUCGCCCGCACCACCGCUCUCUCAACCGAAUCAGAACCGAGAUCGGACUGCAAGUGUAAGCGACACGAGUUACUAUUCAGCCCUCAAAGAAGCCGAAGGUGUGAUUUCCAGCCUGCGUAAAUCACACGACGACCUACUAGAGAAAGUGACCCGUUUGGAGAAUCAAUUGGACCUCAAAGAGGCCGAGAAUCAAGACCUGACCACUCGUAAUAACCGAUUGGAGACCUACCUUGUCGAUGAACAAAAGGCCAAAGAGAACAUUCAAAGAGAAAACGAGCGAGCGAUGAACCAAUUAAGAUUGCUCUCACGAAGCCAACCUCCUCAUCCUCUCAACAGAGGGGACCCGCCAAGCCGACUACAUACUCCAGCCGAACCGUCUCAAUCCCUUCAUGGACACAACCAUCUUUCUCCAUCUGGGUCUGGGCCACUAGACCAAAAACUUUCACAAGCGAGGGCGGAACUGUUGAGACGAGAAGAAAAUGCACAGAAACAAUACGCCUACAGAACUGCCUCUCUUACUUCAGAGCUCAGUGGGCAAGGAUCCACGUCAGGACACAGCCAUCCCUCACCUGCGCCCAUGAGCAAAGGAUCCCAACCACAACAUCAUCGCAAUCUCUAUGAACCAACACAGCCUAGUGGAUACCAAUUCCCGCCCAAUCCACAACAUCUAAGUCACCCCUUCCAUCCAGAAGGACACCGUGAAACAGGCCUCCCAAGCCACCCGGCCUCAAUGCCCUUCCAUCGACACCCCGACCCUGCCUAUCCUCCUGAAAUGGCUUAUCCGACUUACCCGCACCCUCAAGGCCCAUCGGUCUAUCCUCAUCAAUUCUCUCGCUCACAUCCGCUUCCUAAACCUGCGAUCGACGAGCCUUCCUUAGCUCAAAACGGCUUCCAUCCUCCUCAUCCUGCUAAUCCUAUCUAUCCUCAAUACUGAACACCAGCUCCUCAAUAAAGAACACACACCUACCAAACAGUCAAUCUAUGCUGAUCGGUCGACCUAGACACUUUUUUUAUAAACAAAACACUACCUCCAUAGUUUGCUUGCUCUAAGUUUCUUUCUCCAGAUUAUGUAUAGAUAGAAGACCUCUCACAUUCGCAAAUUUACUUUCCUUCCUCUGCUUGGCUUAGUCAUUAUCAUUGAAUCUUGUUGUUGUUACUCUUGUGCUGCUCUUGCUACUACCACUCCUACCACUCUACUGCUACUGCUAGUACUAUUGCUGCCGCUACUGCUGCUUGUGUUUACAUCCUACCUUCUCUUGCUCAAGUUAUCCAUACUCUCUUGAAUGUAGACCUGUUCUGUCCAUCUACAGCUACACUUCAUCCAGAGCAAUCGUAUUGCUCUUUUUGUUUUCUUUCUGCUCUACAUAUGCAUAAAAAUACACUUAUUUCUCUAUGUAUCUCAAUCUGUUCACUUGCUCUGGCUUGGCUCUGCCGUCUUGAUUAAUCAUCUCCUUCUUCACUUGACCACUUGGUUGCUAGAAAUCCUGAACAGACUUCUUUGUUCCCUGGUUCCACUGGGAUUAUCUUGUUAGAUCUGGCAAUACAAUCUGGCUUCUCCACGACUGCAAGA